UGCUCAGCAUCCAGCAAGUGCAUUCCUUAUUCCUAUGACUGCGGCACUAGUAUACUGGGUCCCUUUUGCAGAUGAGUCAGUGACGUCAGAGGCCUACAUCGUCUUUGGGUUCUCCUACACAGCUGAAAAUGGACCAAUCAUCUGGCGGGGGUGUUGGUUGAUGCCACAAUCGGCGUUAUCUGCAUAUGAAGCGGCUUCUUGCUGAAAGACCAGCUGCUUUUCUUAUAGUAGUGAAGAUUUGGGCGACUAAUGUCAUUGGAAAGCAGUGGCUGCGCAUCCCGAGUCCUGUUGCUGUGUGCUGAGAAAAUCUGUCCCCCCGCAAAGGGAAGUUCCAUUGAUAGUGGCACUCAGAGAGGGCGGGAAGCGCAGUGUGCGAGGCAUGAGCGGUCUCCCCGGUGUGAGGUGAAUGUGAGGGGCGCCGGGAACGCUGAACUAUGAGCAAGAAAUAACCUACAGGGGGAUGCGGCUCCCAGCAAGGACUCCAGGGGGUGUGACAUUGAAAUGUGCGGGAGUGAACUCGUCCUAAGCGGCACCUCGUACAACGCGGCUGAAUAUGUCGCUGCAGCUGCGCAUCACGUGCCUCUUGUCUGUCACGGCGCUUUAAUUGAUUGUGUCGUUGUGUCAGUAGCGUUUGCUGGGGACCCCGCCUGUCAUUGAGGAGCUUCCACUCAGCCGAUACGUGACAAUGGCGAGCGCCCGGAGCAUCGAGCUGGAGCACUUCCAGGAAAGGAACAAAAAGCAGCGACAGUCCCGGGGGGGUCGCGGAGAGCAAAGCACAAGCUCUAGCGGCUCUGGACACCGGGGGAAUCACGGGCUCAUUCCCAGCCCCGCCCACAGCGCACACUGCAGCUUCUACCGCACCCGCACCCUACAGGCGCUCAGCUCCGAACGGAAGGCCAAGAAGGUGCGAUUCUACCGCAAUGGAGACCGCUACUUCAAGGGCUUACCCUACGCCGUGUCCUCCGAGCGAUUCAGGUCAUUGGAUGCUCUUCUCAUGGAACUCACCCGCUCCCUCAGCGACAAUGUCAGCCUCCCGCAGGGGGUGCGCUCUAUCUAUACACUGGAUGGCACCUACAAGAUUGACAGCUUGGAUGAACUGCAGGAAGGUGAAAGUUAUGUAUGUGCCUCAAAUGAGCCAUAUCGUAAAGUGGAUUAUAAUAGAAAUGUCAGUCCGAACUGGUCUAAUGUCAGAACUGGAUCUGGUCGAUCACUGUCUACUUUAAUGACUCUGAAAAAUGAGAUGAGAGAGAGUAAAGAUUACAUCAAGCCCAAGUUGGUCACGGUUAUUCGGAGUGGGUCGAAGCCCCGCAAGGCUGUUAGAAUCCUUCUAAAUAAGAAGACAGCUCAUUCCUUUGAUCAGGUCCUCACAGACAUCACAGAAGCUAUAAAACUUGAUUCUGGGGUUGUCAAGAGAUUGUGCACUCUAGAUGGAAAACCGGUAACAUGUUUGCAGGAUUUCUUUGGAGAAGAUGAUGUUUUUAUUGCCUGUGGCCCAGAAAAAUACCGAUAUGCACAGGAUGACUUUGUUCUGGAUCAUGAGUGUAGAGUCUUGAAAACAGCGUAUUCACGGACUCCGAGACAACAAGGUUCCAAAAGUCCUGGGGCAUCACGACGUAGUAAAUCCCCGGCAAUGGUAAAGAGGGGUGGCUACUAUUCCAGCACAAAAUCUCCAGUCAAUGGAACACCAAGUAGCCAGCUAUCCACCCCAAAAUCUACAAAAUCCUCCUGCUCAUCUCCAACCAGCCCAGGCAGCUUUCGAGGCCUAAAGAUUCCACCACAUUGUGGCUCCACUUCAAAUGUGAAUGGUCUAUCAGAACUACUCAAUAGUCCGGAAGGACUUAAUGGAAAUAAAUUCACUGAUGCCUCCAUAAUACUCGAGAAAUAUAGAAUAGGGAAAGUUAUUGGAGAUGGUAAUUUUGCAGUUGUAAAAGAAUGCGUGGAAAGAUCAACUGGAAAAGAAUUUGCUUUGAAAAUCAUAGACAAGGCAAAAUGCUGUGGGAAGGAGCAUUUAAUAGAAAAUGAAGUGUCAAUAUUGCGCCAGGUUAAACAUCCAAACAUCAUAAUGCUUAUUGAAGAAAUGGACACCACCACAGAACUUUAUCUAGUAAUGGAACUAGUAAAGGGUGGGGAUUUAUUUGAUGCAAUUACAUCUUCAACAGAGUACACAGAACGGGAUGCUAGUGCAAUGGUGUACAAUCUUGCCAGUGCUAUGAAGUAUCUGCACGGCUUGAACAUUGUCCAUAGGGAUAUUAAACCCGAGAACCUCCUGGUGUGUGAAUAUCCUGAUAAAACCAAAUCACUAAAACUUGGAGAUUUUGGCUUGGCCACUGUGGUUGAUGGGCCAUUGUACACCGUCUGUGGCACACCUACAUAUGUCGCACCAGAGAUAAUUGCAGAAACGGGGUAUGGUUUAAAAGUUGACAUCUGGGCAGCGGGAGUGAUCACCUAUAUUUUGCUUUGUGGUUUUCCGCCUUUCCGCAGUGAUAAUAAUCUUCAGGAAGAUCUUUUUGAUCAGAUACUUAUUGGGAAGUUGGAGUUCCCCUCCCCUUAUUGGGAUAAUAUCACUGACUCGGCAAAGGAACUGAUUAGUUGCAUGCUACAGGUAAACGUAGAAGAACGAUAUACAGCUGAGCAAAUUCUCUCACAUCCCUGGGUGUCUGAUGAUGCAUCACAGGGAAAUAAUAUGCAGGUCGAGGUUACAGGUAAACUGAAGCAGCAUUUCAACUCUCUACCUAAAGAGACCAACACUACAGCUGCAGUGUCUGUGAUCAUGUUUGAGUUUGACUUAUAAGAAGGGGAACCCCUGAACUUGAUGUCUUACAUUGUGGGGCGAGUGGAGAUGAGCUGGAGUGGAGUGGUAUAAAAGAUGACAUUUUAUAAACGCAGGCAUGCAUGUAUCUUAUCUUAGCUCAUUUCUUGCUCACAGCUCUUAUUUUUGCUGGUGAUGGGAUUAAAUGGCCAUAACUGGGAUUUUGAUCUUUCUUCUGAGUUAUUUUCCAAACUCUGGACUCUACAUCUCCACUAACAAUUUGAUAUACUGAAAGAUAUGCAUAAUUCUAACACUAUACACUUUAGCUGACGCUGGAGUCAGUAAUUUCGAGGAGUGAGCUUUUAUAUAUCUUCUAAGCAAAUGGAGCCCCCCCCCCAUUGAUGUAUUACACCCAUCAAAAUCUGACUCUUGCAUUGCAAGAUAAUGAAAAGAGGCACAUUGUUGAGUUAUUUUCCAAAUAUAACAUACUCUGAAAGGGUGAUCAGAAAAAGUAACUUCAGAAUGAGAUGAAGCUCAUAUAAAGUUAAACUUUUUUAGUAUCUGUGGGUUUUAUCUUUGUGUUUUUUUUUAUAUAUGUUGGCACCUGAUGACCACACCUAAUAGAAAUGCCAUCGUAGGCAUCGGCCAGUGGGUGCCUAUAUAUAAAUAUGGCCUUGUGAGAAAGAUCUACAUCUGCUGGUGCCAUGUUUUGCUGAGAGAGAGAAUUUACAGUAUUUAUAAACAUUACAGAGAAAAUGUUUUGCCUGUAUUUGGGGGGGGGGGUGCAUUUUUAUUAGAGAGAUUCUGAAACACUCUUAACUCUGGAUCAAGUAGCAGUUAGGCAGGUUUCAGUCAAACAAAAAGACUUUCAUGGACAUGUGUCUUUAUUUCAACCUCAUCUAUUAGGUUAUUAUUUGCAUAUAUAUAAGUGGUAAAACAUCUCCCUGUAUAUACAUAAAGAAAAGUAUGCUUGCAGAAUGUUGGCCCUGAAAAUGUUCUAACUAAUCUAUGUUCUAAUAUCAUUGCACCUUAGACUCCUUUGGCCUUGUUUUCUUUAGUUAAUAAUUUUAUGUAUAUUGCUAAAACGUUUAAGAACAGUUUAUAACGUAUGACAAGUAUUGUUUGUAAAGAAAUAUUUUAGGAUAUUUAUGGCCUUUGCAUAUUAUGUGGGUUAUAUACUGUAGAUGCUGUGACAUUCUGGCUGUGAGGGGCUAAUAAAUGUAGUUCAGUGUCCAUACCCAGAACAAAACUACUCUUUCCCUGAGUAUUUUAUUUUACUUAAAAUUGAACCAGAAGUCAUACAUUGCAUGGUCUCUAUACCUGGUAUUCUGGUACUGACUCAUGUUAAUGCAUAUACAGUACAACCGAAAGCAAUCAUGGUUUGUCCGUAGAAAAGCCUGGUUUUACUGCCCUUUACUGUUUUAGAGCAGACUUAGGAAAGGGAGUACUGAAAAGGGAAUAAUGAGGGCAGAGUGACUGCAAGACGGAUGUGAGAGGAAUAAAUCACAGCUGAAAGAGAAGGAAAGCAAAUUUUAAUGAAGUGAAAAGUUGCUGAGGGAACAGGAAAUGUAUGAAGAAAGAUAAUGUGAACAAAGAUCAAGGAGGAGUGAGGAAAACUAUAGUCAUUUGAUUUAAGGAGAUAUCAAAAACUCAGUAUUAGUGGAACAUGGUAGCGCAACUUCAGCAGAAGGGCAGAACAGAAAACAAGAAGAAAGGAGUGGAAAAGGCAAAUAAGUAUAGGAAUAGAGAAAACAACAGACCAUUAAAUAAAGAGGAAUAUGAGGUGAAUAAGGAAAGAGGAUAAAUGGGUAGUGAAGAUCUAAGUAGUGAGAAGGGAUGGCAGUAAUUAAUUGGUGGUGGUUGGGCAUACACAGCCAGUCCCUAAGUUAGUGUGUCACAUGCGACACUGCUGAGCUCUAUGAAAACAGUCAAAAAGUCACCAAAGUGAAGUAGUGCGUUGUGUUACUUUUCAUGUAUUUUAUCAUACAGUUUCUAAAUGUACAGAGAAGCAAAAUAUAUUGCAUACAUGUAUUAUACCAAAAUGAUAUAUACAAAUAUAGUGCUGCGCUUGAAUUGGUGCUGAUGCUGUUGAUUCUGCUUUUAGUAAGCAUCGUUUCUAUUCCUUGCUUCUUUCCUCCAUUAAUGCUGUUUCCAAACAUCUGCCUUGCUUCCUUCUGCCCAGGUCCACGCCAAUGGUAUGUACUAACUGCAAUGCCUUGCCUGCUGCACCAGUGCACAAUCUUAUAAUCUGUUCAGUGUGAGGGAAGGAGAAGUAACCACCAUGUAGGGUUUCCUUAUAGAAUAGUAAAAACCUAAAAGAAAUCAAUCGAUUAGCCAACCCACAAUAACCAAAAUGAAACUGCCCUCUUUCACUUGUAAUUCAACGACAGCUAGAGGGGUCUACUAAAUUGUUGAAUAUUAGAAGUUACUUUUUUAUGUUCAUUGAUUCAUUUAACUGAAUAAAAUGCACUGAGAAGCCUUCUAGUGUAGUAGAGCAGAUCCCCUAGGGGGUGUCAUCAGAAGCCAUUAAGGAUCAUAUAACAAAAUAUUAACUAGGAACUGUAUUGUUGUACGGAACCUUUCAUGAUUGCAUGUGUUUCACAAGUCAGCACUGUCCAACGUUUCCCAUUUUGUGGAGCAAUUAGCUGACAUUCUUCAUAUUCAUGGCCUGGAUCAUAUCACAAUGUCAUACACAGCAGUCUGUGCAGCUCAUAGGCAAGCAGGGGGAUAUAAAUAUACCUUGUAUGAAAUCCCUGUGAUAAUCCUUAGCCUGAGAUAUUUUUUAUGAACACGCCAGCACUUUUGAGUCACAUCAUUAGUAGGUUUAGGAUAUAUUUUAUAGAAUGCUUUAUUAUGCAAGUUUUAAACCAUAAAUAGAUUUGAACACAAAAAUUGGGGAAAAUGGCAGAAAUACUAAUAGAAUUAAAUAAAAAGUAAGAGGGGAGGAAGAGUCGUCAGACCAUUCAAAAUUGAGUGAAGUUUCCCUUUUAUAAAAUUUGAAUUCAAUAGACGAUUUAAGUUGCAGGUGUCUGGAGUUAAGACUGCAUUAUUUGGGAAUAGAUAUGGAACUUGUUAUCUACCUGCCAUAUUUGGUUAAACUGCUAUGAAUCCUCUCUUGCCACAUACUGAGUAGAAAAGGAUAAUGGAUAAUGUUUUGGUGGUGGUUAACUAGUAAUAGAGAGAUGGAACCUGCAAGAGGAAAAUACUCCUCCAUAUGCAAAUCCAGGAAUGCUAGAGUUACACUCAACUUACAUACUACUCACACUUACAAACAGAGGCUAUUACUGUAACAUAUUGUGGUUUGCUUGGCCUUUAUUAGCAUUUAGCUUUAAUAAUCCACCUGCCCCUAUCCCCUCGUGUGCAUGUGUUGUCUACUGCAGAGCACAGAAAGGUAAAAAUAAAUACUAAGACAAACAUCUGUCUAAGUUG